AUGGCAAGGACGCGAGUCGUCAUGGACAGACUUGAACAAGAACUCGACGCCAUGCAUUCUGCUGAAAAUGGAGGUGUCGCGGACAAUGAAGCCAUUGAGCAGGAUAUUGCUACAAUGUUAUCCGAGAUGAACCAUAUGGGAGCUAUUGACCCGUUUGACAACGAGGAAGAUGAGCAGCAGCAACCGAAGAUUGCCCGUGUGCACACUCAAGAGCAACGACAAACUCAUAUGCGAGAUCAUGAGCUCGAUGGUGCUGUAGGCGAACGACAUGACAAUAGCACAUCCUACCAGCAGCAGCAGGAAAAGGUGAUUAAACCCCCAAUAUUCUCAAACACAAAAGGGAGGAAGAGUAAGACGCAAGCAGCGAAAGCUGCUAAAGCAGCAGCCAAAAAGCCACCACGCCCCAUCAAGCGCGUGGAAUUUGGCCCGGAUGGCAAACCCCUCGGGGUAAGGGCAUGCGGAUUCUGCAACAUCGUGAGCAACCAUAACUACCGCACAUGCCCACUCCGCACAGACGCCACUGUCAACAAGAACAAGCAGAUUGGAGCGACCCAGCUUUCUACCAAUGGAGACAACACACGUGACAAGCUGAAGCUGGAGAAGUCUGGUUUGGAAAUCAACCCCAACAACUUCAUCGACAUGCAGCGCAAGUGGAAAGAUCCAAAGACCAACAAAUACUACGACUCCUUGGCCGAUGUUGCAGGCGGCGUCAUCCACCCAUUCUACGAAGGCAUGAAGAAGAAGAUGAACAGGGAAGACCACAAACUGUGGGGGAACAGGCCGCUGCCAGACAACCUCAUCACGUACGCAGGAAUAGAUGCAUACGCAACGUACAAGUCAUGGAAGACAAUCGACAACAUCAUGACAGGUUGGGAUAUUUCAAAAGAGCACGAGGCUGACCCCUACUACCACUGCAACUUCACGGAUGAAGAUGCAUGA